GAUAAACACUUGUAAUUCUGUCUGUUUGCUAGCUAGAAAUCUUAAUUCCCUUCUUUGGGGUCUUGUGUGCCGAGCUUAGCACAUGAAUUACCUGUCUCUUGGCUAUUUUAGCUAGUUUUUCCAACUGGGACGGGCGUCGUUCAGCCGGGGGGGACUCUCAUUUAGUCGUUUUUCUGUCAUCCUGGAUAUCAGUUACAUAAUGUGGCGGCGGCGAUAAGCUUUAGCUUAAUACCAGUCUGUUUGGUUUUUAUAACGCGUUCUUCCGCCUGUUACAGACAUUAAGAGAAAAAUAUCAAACAAUGGCAUUCAGUAGAGUUUACAUUAGCAUAGGAUACGCUACCUUUGGUACCCUGGUGGGACUUUCGGCUUUUUUAAUCUGGAAUAUUGCUUAUAAGCAGCCAUGGACAGCGGCGAUGGGAGGCCUGUCAGGGGUUUUGGCGCUCUGGGCUCUCGUCACUCACAUCAUGUACCUGCAGGACUUCUGGCGUACCUGGCUGAAAGGCCUGAAGUUCUUCAUCGCUGUUGGUGUGCUCUUCUCAGUCGUGGGGAUUUGUGCCAUGAUCACCUUCCUAACUCUCGCCAUCACACACGAGCAAUCUCCCACUGACCCAAGAAGCCUGUACCUGGCCUGUGUGUGGAGUUUCCUGACUCUCAAAUGGGCCUUCCUGUUGGCUCUGUACUCCCACAGAUAUCGUCAGGAGUUUGCAGACAUCAGCAUCCUCAGCGACUUCUAGUCUGUGCUGAUUUCACAGAUUGAAUGGACUUUGAGGGUUUUAGGCUGGCAGCUGGAGCUGGUGAAGGAGCAAAGAGGAGGAAAGAGCAGAUACGGCUAGAUUUAAAAGUCAGCUGACUUAUGCCACAUGGAGUUGCACUUGUUUAACAAGCUCUGUAUUUGUAUUCUUACCUGUUUGACUACUACAAAUGAUCCACAUUGUUUUCCUGUCAAUUCCCAGAAGUCUAAUCCGCUGCUGCUUUCUAAGGAAGUGAUUUACUGGGAAACACACUGGGGGGAUUUGGGACUGUUUUUAUCUUGGGUUUAUUUGUUUUAGACUAACACUUAUAAGGAAAUCACCGCCAUAGCAGGCUUUUAAUCUAAUGAUAGGAUGUUAAAGUGAAAAGCUGAAAUCUUUAGAACCAAAAUCACAACUUCUUUCCUAAAGCUUCUCCGAUUAUGCUAGACCCAGUUUAUUAUGGUGCUUAAAUGUUUUUACCCUGAUGAGCUUUUUCAUAGUGGCAGUUUUCAACCUCUGAAUAGUCAGAUGUGUAGACACUCACUGUCUUAGUGUCAGUUAAAUCAGCCUCUAUUCUCCUUGUACUGUCUUUAUGCACUUUGAGAAUCCUUUUUUAAAAUUCACAAGUUUUUAUUUCACCGUUCACACUCUCUUCAUGCUUUACACACCCGUAGAAACUGUGCUGUUUGUCUUUUUGUCCACCAGAGGGAGACAUUCUUUGUUCAGACCAUGAAAACAUUCCUCCUGAGAAAACCCAAAUGGAUUUGAUGAAUAAUUGCACUUUAGUCUUUAAUAAUGACAGCUUUGUUUUGCACACAAAUCCUGUUACAAAGGGGGGGAGGGAAUCAUGUCAUUUUCACACAUUUUCAUCUUUUUCUUACCCUUUUUAAAGUCAAAAUAUGCCAUUUAAAUGUACCAACAUUUAAUUUGAUUUACAUGUCAAAAUACAGUAGGCUUAAGGAGCUACUUGUGACAUUUGACUGUAUACAUGUACCAUUAAUUUUUGUCAGUAAUGAGAGAAUGAAUGUUUGGAUGCUAUGUAUAUAUAGAAACUGAUCCCAUUAAAGUUGAACUGAUUGUUAAUUACA